UUUGGCUUUACUUAUUUUUCUAGGGUUGUAAAUUUGAGCAGUUCUGCUGGUCUGCUACAUCGUAUACCGGGAAAAGAAUUACAACAAAGAUUUUUGUCUGAAUCUUUAACUGAAGAAGAACUUAGCAAAUUAAUGAAUGAGUUUGUUGAAGCUGCUAAAGCUGAGGAAAAUGUCCAGAAAGGUUGGGGUGAAUCUGCAUAUGUAGUAUCUAAAAAUGGUGUGAAUGCUCUUACAUUUAUACAGCAUCGCAAAUUCAGUCAGGAUCCUGAUAUGGAUAUUGUAAUUAAUGCUGUAAGUUUAUGUAAAAAAGUUUCAUUUAAAAAUGUUUACACUUUUUUUUUUAAAUGUGCUGAAGCUUCUGUAUAUUGUGCUCUUUUACCACCUGGUGUGGAAUCUCCACGAGGAGAAUUUAUCUGGAAUGACAAAAAAAUUACUCCAUGGUUUUCUAAAUGAAAGCAUAAGAUGGAAAAUUUAAAUAACUGGAUAAAGUUGAAAAUCGAUGUGCUGAAAUUCUCAUUACAUUUUCAGAAUUAUAAAUUC